AUGACUCCCAGACACAGCAGGCUGCAUCAGCCAGCUGUUGGAUUACUGCCACAGCACUAUCUCAUCGGGGAAGGCGUGUCAGUCCCCGAAUUACUCAGCGCCCCUUUGUCCUCUUUCGGUGGCCAGCCAGCGACACUCAUGGCGGCUGCACCCGUCAGGCAGCGCUCCGGACCAGGAGGGCACCGGGCGCAGCUCCCACCCUGUUACUACGAAGGAUACCUGGAGAAGCGAGGGCCGAAAGAGAAGGCAUCCAGGCGACUGUGGACAUGUCUGUGUGGGAAUUCUUUGUAUUUCUUCAACAAUGCCAAGGACACUCAUUACGUGGAGAAGCUGGACCUCACCGGCUUUGUGUCCCUGAAGGACGACUGCAGCCGGGACAGAAACCUGGAGGCAGCCAGACUCAUCCUCCAAAUGAAGGAUGGAGAGACCAAACUCACAGCACCUAACUUAGAAUCACGGGAGCUGUGGAAAGGUUUCCUCUACUCUGUUAUAGAUCUGAAUGUACCGUCCUAUCUCACACUGCUGCCGGGGCAGCUACAAAUGCUACAGGAGGUCGUGGACAAAGAAAGAGCCAGACGGAGAAGUCGCAAUCCAACACGAGCUCCUCCUUCACCCCUCUCUGUUCCUUUAGUAGGAGAGAUCCCACCGUGUUUUCGGCCGGUGUCCAGGACGGAGGCUGAAGUCCUUUUAGAGAGACAUCCAGAUUGUGGGAACAUGUUGCUUCGCCCAGGCAGAGACGGAUGCUCGUUGGCUGUUACCACUCGACAGGACCUCAAUGGGUCAGUUUUCAGACAUUACAGGGUUGCUCAGAGGGAUCAAGGCGGUUAUGUCAUUGAUGUUGAAAAUCCUAUUCCCUGUGCUACUCUUCAUGAGGUCAUUGAUGCUCUGGUAGAAAAAACAGCAGGAACUCUUCAGCCUUUCCUACUGGAGGAGCCUUAUGAGGAGAAUAUCACAUAUGUUUCUGCCAAUGAUGAGAACGGAGAGAAGAUCCUCCACACUGCCCCCUCAAGUCCCCUGCCCAAGGCCCCUGUCUUGCCUCCAAAACAAGAUCGCUGGUCCUCCAGCAGUCCUCUGUCCAGGUCUCCUGCCCCAGACCGCCGUAUUCUGACCUCGCCAGUCCCAGCCUCGCCUAGCAACCCGAUGAGACGACUCAUCCUCUCCCCUUCCCCUCUCACACAGACUCUCAAUGAGGAACUCAAAAUGACGCUGGAGAAGAGACGAGCGAGUCAGGAGUGACUUACUCAUUAGGAAGGACUUCUUGUCACAGCAUCCUCAAUCUUCGGUGCCAAACCUCUUCUCACUGCAGCUAUGUGCUCAUCCUGUGCCUUCAAUGUGGAAGACAAGGGACUACAGAACUACUACUUUCUCUUGGAGAACUAAAAAGUGUUCUUUUUUUUGUUUUAGUAUGUAGUUGUUGGAUUUGCCUGACUCUGGUUGGCUGCCUAAGAGGAAGACUGGCUAGUUAACAUUGAUUUGAUUCAUGCAAUCUCGUAAAAUGCUGCCCGCCAUACUUGGCUAAUGACCCCUUUGUGUGUUGUCCAGUUGUAUAAUACUGUUUACAAGCUGCCUCCAAGCAAAAAUACAGUCCACAAGAGCUCUGACUCACUCACAGAAGGACUGACACAUAUCGGACCUCCAGCUGAGCCUAAUGUUUUCCUGUUUGAACCAAAAACUGGGUGCUGACCUGCUGCUACAACACUGGAAACCAGUAAACAAACAAAAUGCAGACUGCCAUGAUGAACUCCCAGAGCAACAAACUCUGACCCGAGACUCUUCAUCUGCUCUGAAAACAAAAUAAUCCAGGCAUGCUCAGCUCCCUGAUCCUCCUCAUUCAUAUCACUACAUGUAGCAUGACUAGAAAAAAAAAAAUUACACCUUAGCUGCCCUGAAAACUGCACAAUCUCUUAAGUGCUACCUGUGAUUGAUAAGCAACCAUUAACAUUGCUGUUGAUACAAUGUAGCUCAUUUACCAUUUAACUUUAAAUGUGCUGUGGGUGAAUUUUUUUUUUUUUUAAGUGUUUCCUUGUUCCCUGUGCUGUUGUAUGGUGCUACGAAUUACCAAACCUGCGUGGAAAUUCCAGGUGAUUUCUGUUCUUCUUCAAGAAAAAAAAAACUACUGUAUUCAUACGUGAGUGCGCCCUCUUGUGGUAUAUCUGUUCUCUAAACCUCACGAGCACAAUCACUCGGCAUAGGUCAACCCUUUUACUUUGCAGAGUAAACAAGCAACUUUUGUCACUGUAUUAUUUCAGCUGCACUACAGUGAACUGAUUACAGAUUUGAAAGGUGCUCAAACAACAGCAAGUAACUCUACAUGUGAAAAACGUUUACAGAUUAGUGUCAGCUGACUUAAAUGUCUUACAGUGAACAGUUUCUUGUAUGUUUGUACAUGAAGUGUAUCGUUUACUUGAUCAGUAUCAGAUAUUGGAAGAAUUAAAUUGUUUUGCAUGGAUCCUCUGUGAAUUAAGAGGUUGUGUGUUAUAUUAGAGGCCUUUUUUCUCGAGACAGUGGAAUUCAUCGAUACUAUCAGUUGAUGAUUAGAAAGACUAGUAGAAAAUCUGUCCUUUAUUUAUUUUUUUUUUUAUUUAACAUGGAGAUGCAUUUUUAGUCCUUCCACGAACUCACACACUCCUGUUAAUAUGUAAUCAGCGGUUCUGCCACAUUUAAAAGGUUAGAUUGUAUAUUUAGAGUCCCCUUCUGAAAAUACAACUAGACAUUCAG